UCAAGAGAUCAUAAAACAAGGUAUUGAAACACCCGAGGGUCAGAAUGAUCUUAGAAGGAUGCAGUUGAGAGAGCUUGCCCGGCUGAAUGGUACACUCAGGGAUGAAGAUAUGCUCAGGUGCUCCAACUGUGGGUCCACAGAGCAUCGUACCUGGCAGUGUACAGAGAAGCAGAAUAUCACCAACAACAUCUUAUGCUCUCUCUGUGGCUCAGCCGGUCACAUAGCUGCCGAUUGUAGGGAGAAGGCCAUCGGAGACCGCCCCCUUGCCCAACCUAUCGUCAACUCAGCGGACAAGGCUAAAAUGGACUCGGAGUACCUCUCUCUCAUGGCUGAGCUUGGUGAAGGUCCUUUGCCAGGUGGAGGAGGAGGAGGAGGACCACCCCCACCACCAAAGGUCAGUAUGGGUGGGCCUCCUAGUGGUCCUAGACACCCCCCACCCCCUAUCUCAUCGGCUCCGCCCAAUCGCCCUAUGAUGAUGCCCCCAGGCGGUGGGCAGGGCAACAACCAGGAUCACCCUCCCCCUCUGAUGGGUCAGAACCUGAACUUACCUUGGAACAACCGCAGUCAGAACAAGCCAAUGUCCCUGCUUAACUCUGGCCCUGCACAGCGGCCUCCUCUGGGCCAGGGCCCCCCUCCUCCUCCUCUCCCCCAUCAAGGCCCUCCACCGCCCUCUAACAGCGGACCUCCACCCCAUCACAACCAGCCCCCGUUCAUGGGCCCACCACGCCCCCCUAUGAUGAAUAGACCCCCUCCCGUUGGUCCUCCCGGUGGCAUGCCUCCGAACAUGAUGCCGUCUCACAUGAGCCAAGGACCCCCCGGACCCCCUCCGUCUGGUGGAUUCAACCCAAUGAUGCCCCCUCCACCUCGAGGGAGAUCUCAGCUGCCCCCAUGGGCAUUCCAUGGUGGACCUCCAUCUUCUGGACCCCCUAAUUCAUCAGCACCAGCUCCAGCGCCGGUUCCUCCCCCAUCCCUUCUGGUUGCCCCGCCCCCACCCCCACCUAGCAGCGAGCCGCCUCCACAACCCCCCACUAGUGCUCCAUGGCAGAUUUCGUCAUCAAGCCAAGGGGUAGGGACAUCUCCCCCAUCUCAGCCUCCAUGGCAGUCCCAGGCCAUCCUACAGCAGGCCCUAGCCCUCUCGCAGCCUCAGCAGGCAGCGACAGCUACUGCUACGACAACUGAGACCACUACAUCCACAACCAAGCCAUCUCCUCCAGUACCAUGGCAACAGCUUGCUGCAGCUGCAGCUGCAGCCAAUGCUCCUCCAGUCAGUUCAGCUAGCAGCUCAUCACCAGCCCUACCGCCCUGGCUACAAGCCUACACAGCAGCUGCUGCAGCAGCGGCAGCUGCAGCUGGUGGAGGAGUUUCUACAAGUACGUCAGGCCAACCUACACCCCCGCAGUGGGCGCAAGCAAUGCCUCCGCCACCACCCCAACCCGUCCCCCCUCCCUCUAUGCCAGGAAUGCCCCCCAUGGGGGUGCCACCUCCCCACAUGCAGCCCCCGAUGCCCCCCUUGCCAUUCCAGCAGGGUGGUAUGUCUGAUGUUGCACCACCCCCUGCAGUACCCCCUCCUCACCUGAAUGCCCCUCCCCCACCCCCGCCUCCUUCAAGUUGAGCAUCGUCUCAACAUCAUCUGAGUAUUACACCAUUGUGUUUAAACUUUCCAAGGUGGUCUCCUUUACCAUCCAAGAGGUCAUUUGAAGAUUGACAUACUCAACCAUUUUAUUUUACAUGCAGUGUCCAUCUACCGCCUACAUUAUACUCUAUAGUGUCCUUGAAAAGCAUAGUUUGAUUGCGACUUUUUCAUACAAAUCUUGUUUUCUCCGUAGAAUUAUUUUUUAUAUUUGAUUUAUAGAAAUUACCUGCAUUUGUUCCAUUUUUUUCCCUUAUCGAUGUUGCCGUCAUGGGUUGUUGACUAUAUCAACAUACAUCCAUCCUUACAUACGCACAUACACCCUUACACAGUCACAUACACACAUGUAUAUAGCUUUUACAAAUACCUUCAAACAAAUGUAAAAUCAUUGAUUUGAUUCAAUUUUGCAUGCAAUUAAAUUUUCAAAAAUUGAAAUUUAAAUUGAUUAGUACCUGAGAGAAUACCACAUUGACAAAUCAGAGAAUACUAAAUAUAUUUGCCUUUCUAUUCUAUUUGUGUACUGCCAUCCUUUUAAUGAUGACUUCAUCAAAGGUAGAUAAUAUACUGAUUUUUAUUUAGAAUUAAAGGUAAAAGACUAGUUGCAGCAAACAAUUAUUUCAUGAGAAAGUUUUUUAAAUCAAGUUUAAUUGCCAAAAUAUUAUCAUACAUCUAGAUCUGGUACAUUUUCCCCCCUUAUCAAUGUAAACUUAUCUUUUUUUAAUUAUGAAAUAUCAGCUCAAAAUCGAUAAUUAUGAUGAUCACUAACACAGAAAACAUGUGGGACAGUGUUUUGAUAUUGCUUCGAAAAAUACCCAACAUUUUAUGGAAUUCUGUGCUUAAUUUGCUCAUUUUACAGCAAUUACGCAUUUUCUUCCAGAGCUAUUUGGCACAUAUAUUUUACAUACAAACACUAUGGUGGUAAUUUCAUUGGAUUCUGUUUGAACUCAUUUUGAGAUCAUUAACACACCCCCCCCCCCCUUUCAGGGGGAGUUUGGUAAAAUAAUUUGAUGCAUGGAACAUAGAGGAUAUGAGUACCCAUCACAUCACAUUCCAUCAUAAUUUUUUUUCUAUGUUUUGUGCAGUUUUAAUUGGGAAUUCAAUAUCAGGAUCCCAUUCAUAAAUAGUGCUAUGAAUGACAACUGUAGUGAAAUCCUUGUUUGUUUUUUUAUCGGGCAGAAAGCACUAUACUUUAUUGAUAUUUGGUAAAAUAAGCACAUGUACAUUAUUUGUUAUUUGCUUUGUAAUUGAUCAUGGAUAGAUGAUGCACUUACAUUUUAGCACUGAAUACCUCACUUCAAGAUUUUAUUUACAGAUUUUUUUUUGUAAUUUUGACUAUACUUCUAUAUUUUCUUCCUCUUUUAAAAGAAUAAAAGUGCAUUUAAUAUGGUAAUAGAUUUGUCAUCCUUGAUUUUACAAGAGCAGAUAUAUCAGGUUAUUUUCAUAUAUCUUUAAUUCAUUUGCUGAACAUAUGCUUUUUGUGAUUUCUCAUUUCUACCACAUGUCAGAGACAUAAUUGAAAUCUAUCUGAACUAGUUUAGAGGGGAAUGACUCCUCCCUUUCCUGCGUUGAUAAGCUUGUGGGUAACGUGAAAUACACAUUAAUUGUAAGAUAUGUGAUAGUGACAUGUAUGCAGCCUAGUUUUUCAUAAGUAAAAACAAGAUAACAACCAGCCCCUUCUCGUUAUCCUGUAUGCUGCUAAGUUUAUAUUCAUGAACAUUUAGCGUUCAAGGGAUCACCCACCUAGAAAUCAUUAUCAAUUGGAUAGUCAGCCCAAAGGGGUGAAAGUUUCAUCAAAGUUGGAGAUAAACUAUAAAAGAGUAUUGGAAUUUCAAUUUUUUCAUCAGUGUGAAACAAUUUAAUGCAUAAUUAUGCUAAUGAUGGAACCAGUGCUGUCAUGAGCCAACAUGUUUCCUUUUUAGUUUUUUUUUACAAAUUAUUAUAAUUAUCAUUAGAUUAUUAUUAUAAUGAUGAAUAUAAAGUUUUAAUUUGCAAAGGUGAGAAUGGAGAUGAUUUAUCUCCUUUGUAUCAAAUUUGAUAAGAUGAUUAUAUUACUCUUUUCAUGAAAACUAAAGCUUGCUUUAAAAAAAAGAAGAAAAAAGGUGGGCAUGUGACUUCAUAGUUUUGGAUACAACCUCAUUUACUGUUUUUUAGCAACUAUACAUCCAUCUAGCUCUGUGCACCUGAAUAGGAAGCCUAGCUUAGCCGGGGUAAUAAUAAUAGCAGGGCCCCGCUAGGAGAACAGUUUUCAGAACUGAAGUGGCUACCUUGGGUAAAUAUACCGUUACUAUAUUUAUCAAAAUGCUGUUAUAUUUUCAUGUGAUUGGAGAAAUUUAAACCGUUUUGCUUAUUUAAAAUAAAUACUUUUUUAUUCAGUCAAUUUGAUUUCAAGGUGUCUCUCAUGCAUAUGACUACUGCAAGGUUUAUUGAUCAUACAGUACAUCUUUAUCUUUCUAAUAAUAAAUAUAAUAAUACAUGAGAUUUAUAUAGUGCACUUUCCAUCUUGAUUACAUGCUCAAGGCGCUUCAGAGCAGAACAACAAAAACUAUUUACAUACAAUACAUGUCUGAACAAUAAGUCAAUGUCUAUCAAAAAGCACUCUUAUACUUGUAUGUUUUCAGGUUGCCCUUGGAGGUGGUCACUGAGGUCUGAAUGCAUCAUUCAAUUGGAAGAUUACAGGCCGUACGUUUCAUAAAGCUUGUUUUGAAUGGCGAGUCACUGGCUAUGGUUAAAAGCUACUGAAAUGAAGCAUGUUAUUGACUGACAGCUGAUCUAUCACAAAAUUUUUGUCAUUUGUUUUUCUCAACAGGUCUUAUGAAAUCGGACCAUAAUUUAUAUCAAAACAAAAAGAUAGCCGUAGUAUAUUACAGAUGCUUGUCAUUCAUUACAUAAAAAGGAGACUAGCAACUUGUAUGUCUUAGGUAGAUUGUGCGUGGGAAAUCACACUUUUUAGUAAGCUCUGUAAUUUCAUUGUACUCCCAUUGUAUAUGCCCAUGUGGAAAAGAUUUCAAAUUAAUUAAUAAAUGUACAUUUUCUGUAAAAAUA